AUGCCUAUUGCCCCCAUCAUCACCUUCAAGGCUGGCCAAUGCGAGGUUGACGACGGCUCGUCACGGCCUCUCAAGGUUAAGCCUCAGCCUCAGCCUGGGUAUCUCUAUCUAUACUCUGAAGAUGACUUGAUACAUUUUUGUUGGCGCAAACGCGAUCAGACUCUUGAUGAGCCGGAACUUGAUCUGGUCAUGGUGCCAACUGAUGGCAGCUUUGUCCCUCACGAACAAAACUCAAAUUCCGAACCCACCGCAAAGACGAAUGGCCGUAUUUUUGUUCUGAAGUUUGCAUCUUCGUCUCAGCGCUACCUGUUCUGGAUGCAGUCAAAACCACAAAGUCGCGAUGGGAACCCCAGCUGGUUUAGCCCCAGAGAUCGUAAGAUUGGCGACAUUGUGAACAGACUGCUACAGGGUGAAGAGGUUAAUGUGACGAGCGAGCUGGCUUCUGUCCGAAACGUCGACGAUCGAGACGAUGACGAUGACGAAACCAUGGAGGAUGUCGAAGGCACGCGGGGUCAACAUGCCCAUCAUGGUAGCGGGAGCGGCGGGGCCGGUCCUGAUGCCACUGGAGGAGACGUCAGAGAAGAGGGCGAAGAGUCAAGAGAGGGUGGUGCUGAUGGUGCCAGAGCGGCUUCCUCGUCAGCACCAGACGCCGCAGCAGCCGUGAGAAACUUCCUGGAAUCUUUGAGAGGCCAGCAAGGACUUUCGGGGGGACACCAGCAACAGUCGGACGUGCCAUAUCCUUACCUCAAUCAUCUCUUGCCCACCGCAAUCACAGUGCCAGUGAUAGACAGCGCAGCACCUGAAUACAUUGAUUCUUUGUUGAGCUUUCUGCCACCGUCUGUCAUUGUCCUUGCCACUGGAACAGCUCGAGAAGAAAGCCAGAAGGAGCCAUCAGCGCAUGCUAUUGAGGCAGCCAAGGCAUCGCUCUCGUUGGACGACAAACGAAGCUUAUUGAAGAAGGUUUUAAGAAGCCCUCAGCUUCACCAGGCCUUGGGGGUCUUAACCAUGGCGUUGAGGGAUGGCGGACUUCCCGGGGUUGCGGAUGCCCUGGGCAUUAGGGUUGAGAACGGUGGCUACAUGCAGGGCAGCGGCAUGCCGCUGGGAGGAGGCCAGGCAGUCAAGGUUUUUGUAGAUGGCGUUAGAAAGACUGUUCAAGAGCGGAGGCAGUGA